AUGGCGAUACUGAUGGACCUACUCGGCGAGGACGAAAACUGGGAUGAUACCAGAAGGAUUGAUCGGUGGGCUCCUUUGGCCACGGAUCUGCCAAAUGUUCAUAGGGUAACACCAGCACAAAAAUUGAUGAUAGUACUGUUGAUCAGACUUCAGAGUGUAAAUGAGGUCUGGGCAGCGUACGGGAACAAUUUCGCUGUCCAUUACAGGAAUCUGUUGUAUGAAAACAGGGGAAACCGUCGUCAUGCGUACAUUGCCAUUUUCAUACGAUUGGCUGCAUUUUACAAACUGCACGUCACAGCAACCAUUACAGACGCGCAUUUAAUGAGCUUGCCAGAUGAAUUACUCACAAGAAUAAUUCAUGAACCGUUUGAACAGUUGGAGAGGCUAAGAAGUCAAAAAGAAACGGGUUAUAUACCAAUGCAAGAAUACGAUAUAACGCUUGGAUUCAAUAUUGAAAAAGUAGCACAAUUGGGUAACUACAUAAGAAAAGUCUGCUUGAUAUUAUGCUAUUUCAGACAGGCCGUUGACAAUGAAAUACCGAUGAGGAUUAUAAGGAGUAUGGAUGAUACGAACGGAAAUAAACACAUCACAUGGUGA